AUUCUCGUGUAAAGUCAAAGUAAUGUUUGGAAGUCUAAACUUCUGUUGUUAUCGGAAUGUUAUCGGAAGACGCUGACAUUACUUUUUACGGCAGGCUUUAUUUGAGAAACUACCAGUACCCUUUUGCUAUAUUUUUGUAACCAAAUUUACGAGGUACGUGCUUUGGGUAUUCUCGCACAUUCACGUGGACAGUCACUAGAAUAAUACUUCGGAUAUCCAGACGUACAUGCUUUGUGAUUUUAGCAGCCGCAAGAUGAUUUUUCGCUGGCUAGUAUUAUUUCUAGUGGUUCCGAGGCCGGCGAUCACCGGCAUCAUCCCGAGUGCAGCACACGCCAGCAUGACCAGGCCCGGGCAUGUUAUCCUGGGGGCAAGCUUACCUAUUCACGGCUGGUCUUCUGGACCUCCUUGCAGUGGCAAACUGUCCGACUGGGGGAUCGAACUGUCUGCGAUUCUGCUGUUCGCCAUCGAAGAGAUCAACAAUCGUACCGAUCUCUUGCCGAAUAUCACCAUCGGCUACGACAUUCGCGACAACUGCUACUCGGAGACUCUGUCGAUAUGGACGGCGCUCAGCCUAGCAAGCACAUCCGAGAGACCCCAGGAGGAUGUCGAGUUCACCAAGAUCAGUCCGGCAGAGUACGGGAAUCUUUUCUGCAUCAUAGGAACUCAAUCGAGUGCAACUACAAUAACGACGGCGCAGGCCGCCAGCCUGUAUCGCAUCCCUGUCAUCUCUCCGUUCGCAACAAGCAACGAACUCAGCGACAAGCGCCGGUUCCCCUAUUUUCUCCGCACGGUCCCUCCAGACAGUCUCCAAGCCGCGGCAAUUGCCGAUAUUCUUCUACGAUUUGGUUGGAAGUACGUCGGUCUGUAUUUCCAGCUGAACUCCUACGGUGUUCACGGCGCCCAAAGCCUGCUCCACCUCGCGGAAAAACACGGCAUAUGUAUUGCGUUCUCGGUCUCGGUACAUUCUCAAGCAACAGAUGCCGAGCUUCGGGACGCUGUGGGCAGACUGUCCAGCUCCCCCAAAGCCAGGGUCGUCAUCAUGUUUAUGGAUAGCGUGACAGCGAGUGGCAUCUUGACGACAAUAAGGGACGUUGGAAUUCUACCCCACAUCACCUUUGUGGGCAGCGACGCCUUGGCAUUCCCCGAAGCGCUAGCAAGGUACAACGUCGAGCUGUCAAUGUUACAGGGUAGCCUUUUCGUCCAGCUGCACUUCGCGAACAUUCCAGGUUUCAACUACGACCGAUUCUUGCAGACGAUCAAACUCGGCAACCCGUGGUUAGCUCAGUGGAAGGCCGAGCGUAAUUGCUCCGAUCUUACGGAAUGUCCGUUCCGUAUUAGUGCAAAUGAUCACCCUGUGGUGGACGCCGUUUACGCGUUCUCGUAUGCUCUUCAUGAUGCGUUGCACGAUCUUUGUACCAAUUACACCGACUGCAGUUCGACAGUUCACACUAUCACCGGCCAUGAUUUCUUUCCGUACCUGCUAAACGCCACUUUUGAAGGGUUGGUUGGGGAGUACAGAUUCGACAGCAACGGUGAUCCUGGCGGGAAUUACAAAAUACUGAACUUUCAGAUUCACAACGACACCUUUACAGCAACUGAAGUUGGGCAAUGGAGCUCAUCAGCAGAGAAUCCCCUUCAGCUGAACGCAAGUGCUUUGCAGUGGUAUCAGGACUCUCCAGAUCCACCAUUCUCAUUGUGUCGAGAGGUGUGUCCACCUGGUUUCAUAGAGGAUCCACUGGAAGAGAAAUGCUGCUACGGCUGCCGGAGAUGCCCUACUCAUGCCAUCGUCAGCGGCAACUCGUGCAUGCCGUGUCAGAGGGAUGAGUGGCCCGACCAGAGCUUUAGACACUGCCAACUCAUUGUUCCGACGUCUCCAAGUUGGAGUGAGCCCACGGUUAUUGUCAUCCUGAUCCUUUCCGGCCUCGGACUGGUCCUUUCCUUUCUUGCAGCCCUGGGACUCUUCCACUACCGGCACCACGUGCUGAUCAAAGCCGCCAGCCGUGAGCUGAGCAGCAUCAACAUCUUGGGACUCACUCUAGCCUUCCUUGCUCCUUUAACGCUCCUAGCUCCGAUGUCGACAGUCUCGUGCCGUGCCUCGGAGGUCAUGGUUGCCUUGUGUUUCACCCUGACGUACGCACCGACUCUGCUGAAGGUCAACCGGAUCUACAGGAUCUUCGAAGCCGGGAGGAAAUCCAACAAGCGCCCUCGGUUCACCGGUCCUCGUGCCCAGCUUGCGCUUGCACUUAUCGCUACUCUGCUAAUGAUGGUGAUCUGCAUCUCUGGGACUCUUAUUAGUCCAACAGUCCCAGCCAAAUUAUAUUUCAGUCCUCCGACCGGCUACAUCGAGGCCUACUGUGCGUUCGGCUACGGCUCAAUGGUAUCCACUUUUUGCAAUCUGCUGAUAGUCCUAGCCUGCUGCUACUACGCCUUCAAGGCGCGCAAGGUACCCAGCAACUACAACGAGUCCAAGUUCAUCGCCAUCAGCGUGUACUCCACGCUGGUCUUCGGCAUGGCGGCCGUGCCCGUCUACAUCACGGCGGCUACCGUUCAGCAGAAGGUAGCCACGCUGUGCGUUGCCAUACUGCUCAACUCCUUCCUGACGCUGUUCUGCGUCUAUCUGCCCAAGCUGUACGCCAUUCGCUUCGGGGUGGACGUCCAGGUUUGCGAGUGGAGGAGUAGCGGUGUGGUUUCGGCCGACAAUGUUUCAGCGGCGUUACCAUCAUCAUAUGCCGAUGCGCAACAGAGGAAUGCCUUACCCGUGGCGAACUGA